AUAACAGUCGCGGUCCCCUCUCUUGCCGCCGUACCUCCUGGUUCCUGUCGCUGGUUUCGGCGACCCCGGCGCGUCGCGAAGGGACGACCCGCCGGCCGAGUUUUAGGGCUCCUGGGGGGUAGUCUGAGUGCCGUGGGAUCUGGAGCUUUUCGCCAGCCGGCAGGGAUAGCUCCUCACGGGAGACACUGGAAAUGGAGAAGGUUCCCGUCUCGCCACCCUUCCAGCCAGAUUUCCCGCACUGAUCGCCGCUGCGCGCCACCGGGGACCAGAGGGUCCCUCUGAGAAAGGUUAACUUGCGGAUCGCUGCUGGUUAGAUCAAUACAGCGCCAGCAGAAAAAAGAUCCGAAAUACGAAAGCUCCGCGAAGCCGGGAAAGGCAGAAAAACCGCGGCUGACAUCACUCGGGGCGGGGCCGAAAGCCCUAAGAAAAGCCGAUAGGACCCGAGCGGCAGCCGCUGCUAGACACAACCUCACCAUGAGCAGCCACAACGGCUCCGAGCUCCACGUCCUCUGCAGCUCCGGCCAGCUGUUCCUGCAGCCCCUCUGGGACCGCCUGAGGACCUGGGAGGCCCUCCUCCAGUCGCCCUUCUUCCCCGUCUUCUUCUCCAUCACCACCUACGUGGGCUUUUGCCUGCCCUUCGUGGUGCUGGACGUCCUGUGCCCCUGGGUGCCCGCGCUGCGGCGCUACAAGAUCCACCCGGACUUCUCGCCGUCCGCGUGGCAGCUGCUGCCCUGCCUGGGGCAGACGCUCUACCAGCACUUGGUGUUCGUGUUCCCCAUGACUCUGCUGCACUGGACCACCAGCCCGGCCCUCCUGCCCCCCGAAGCCCCCGAACUGCUCCAGCUGGUGCUCCACGUCGUGCUCUGCCUGCUGCUCUUCGACGCCGAGUUCUUCGUGUGGCAUGUGCUGCACCACAAGGUGCCCUGGCUGUACCGAACCUUCCACAAGAUGCACCACCAGAACUCGUCCCCGUUCGCGCUGGCCACGCAGUACAUGAGCAUCGGGGAGCUGUUUUCCUUGGGUGUAUUUGACAUGGUGAACGUCUUGCUGCUGCAGUGCCACCCGCUCACCGUCCUGACCUUCCACGUGGUCAAUAUCUGGCUGUCGGUGGAGGACCACUCGGGCUACGACUUCCCCUGGUCCACGCACAGACUGAUACCUUUUGGGUGGUAUGGGGGCGUGGCGCACCACGACCUGCAUCACUCCCAGUUUAACUGCAACUUCGCCCCUUACUUCACACACUGGGACAAACUACUGGGAACUCUGCGGUCUGCUCACACCAAGUAACAUGCACGCACCCCUCUGGGAGUAGUGUGUGGUGCCGUGAAGAGUGAGUGCAUCUCAGACGUUGUGCAUUUCACACUUGAAUCAAGAGAGACACACUUGAGGGUGUUUUUUGCUUUGUUUUGUCUUUCAUUUGGUAACUUAUUAUCUGCUGGAAACUUAUAGAGAAAAUCUUUUGUGUUUUUCACCAUCUAACAAAGUAAUUUAUAUCAUGUUUGUAUAUCAACAAUUGUAUUCUUGAUGUAGAAUUCUAGCUCACUUCAAUAGCCUUGAUUUCUGGCUAUAAAGUAUCCAAAAUCACUGGCAUAUUUAAAUAAUCUCUAAAAAGAUUUAUUAGUAGAACAAGGAAUUUUACUCUGUUUGAGGGUGUCCUAGAACUAAGCUAAAAGUAUAUAUUUUUAUGGAGAAUCUGCUCUCUGACUUUGUAAACAAUGAAAUGUUCCUGGUGGACAGUGACUAAGAUUAUUGUACUUUUUUC